CCGUCGAUCUCCCAGGUCCACACCAGAGGUCCUGUUGAUAUCCCUUGGUAUAAUCACCACGCCGCGGAGCGACCUCUGUUGUCUGGUGACAGACUUCCGGCUCUAAGCAUCCCGACGGCCUCGCAGCCGCCGACCUCGGGCCAGUCCUACCGGACUAGCUACGAAGACGCGCCGGCCUCCAACCAGAGCAGCGCCAGAACCAGUCUGUCCGGGUCCGCGCCUGGCUACGAAGUUCGUAGCCCGCCGGCAUCGUCUGCAGAUAUACCGGCUGGUGGCCAAGCACGACUCUCGCUGGACUCUUCCGCCUCGCAGGAAUACAGCAUUCCGCAGAACCCAGUCACCGAGAGCUACUACCCCAACCAGACCCAGAUGGCCAGCAUGAAUCAACCUCAACCGUACAUGGAUGUGCAUUCGCAUCUGUCGUCGGGACAGACAUAUGCGUCCCACCCUGCAACUGCUGGAGCAUUGACCCAUUACCAGUACCCGCAACAACCCCCUGUGUUACAACCGACGUCCACAUACGGGCCGGCCAGCUCUUACUCCCAGUAUCCUUAUCCCAACAGUGUAGCAUCAUCUCAGUCUGUCCCGCCGCCGACGACGUCGAUUAGCAGUCAAGUCCCUGCUCAACUACUGCCCUUACCUGUCACCAACCACCCUGUUCCCACCCACGGAUAUGGAAACAACAGCGGAACACCAAUGCAAGGGUAUGUAUACGAUCCCACUGGGCAGAUGGCGCCUCCCGGCGCUAAGCCUAGGGUUACCGCGACCCUGUGGGAAGACGAAGGCAGUCUCUGCUACCAAGUGGAAGCCAAGGGUGUCUGCGUUGCUCGAAGAGAAGAUAAUGGCAUGAUCAACGGCACCAAGCUGCUAAACGUUGCGGGCAUGACACGAGGCCGAAGAGACGGUAUCCUCAAGAGUGAAAAGGUCCGAAAUGUGGUAAAGAUUGGCCCGAUGCAUCUGAAGGGCGUUUGGAUUCCCUUUGACCGCGCGCUGGAAUUCGCCAACAAGGAAAAGAUCACAGAUCUGUUAUACCCUUUGUUCGUUCAACACAUCAGCAACCUGCUGUACCACCCGGCGAACCAGAAUCAGAGGAACAUGACAGUGCCAGAUUCCAGACGUCUUGAAGGCCCCCAACCUGUUGUUCGCACCCCUCAAGCACAGCAACCACCCAGCCUACACCACCAUUCUCUUCAGACACCCGUUCCUUCUCAUAUGUCUCAACCCGGCGGUCGGCCUAGCCUUGACCGCGCACAUACGUUUCCUACGCCACCUGCCAGUGCCUCGAGCCUGAUAGGAAUCACCAGCCAGAAUAACUCAUACGAUUGGAAUCCAGGGAUGAACUCGAGCGUUCCCAACACCCAGCCUCUGUCGAUCGACACGAGUUUGAGUAAUGCACGAUCAAUGCCCACAACCCCUGCUACGACGCCACCUGGGAACAACCUGCAAGGCAUGCAGUCCUACCAACCCCAGUCCGGCUACGAUUCGAAACCAUACUACUCGGCCGCCCCGUCCACGCACCCCCAGUACGCCCCACAACAACCACUGCCCCAACAGUCCAUGGCGCAGUAUGGCCACUCUAUGCCAACGAGCUCGUAUCGUGACAUGGCGCCGCCCUCGUCGCAGCGUGGAUCUGUCACCGAGAUCGAAUCUGAUGUCAAGACGGAGCGCUACGGCCAAGGCACCGUUGCAAAGACCGAACCAGAGCAAGAGCAGGAGUAUGCUCAGCCUGACAGUGGAUACAACACUGGUCGGGGCUCGUACUACACCACCAACCCCUCGGUCGGCGGUCUCGCCCACGACCAUUCCCAGCUCACGCCAGACAUGACGGGAUCUCCCCAGCAGAAUGGUUCUGGACGCAUGACCCCUCGCACGAGUAAUACUGCUCCUCAGUGGGCUCCGGGAUACACCACCCCUCCUCGCCCCGCCGCUGCCAGUAGUCUGUACAACAUUGUCAGUGACACGCGAGGAACGUCAGGCGCGAAUGGAAGCACCUCUGACAACUAUUCCGUCGCGUCUAACUCUGGCUACUCGACUGGAAUGAACGGCUCCAUGGGGUCCAACAAGCGGAUGCGUGAUGAUGAUGACGACCGCAUUGUCCCACCGGACAGCCGUGGUGAAUUCGAUACCAAGCGCCGGAAGACCUUGACAGAGACCCCGGUUGGGGGUCCAGUAGGUGGUGUUCCUCUUGGGCUGCAGCCAAUGAAGGCGGGUGGCAGUCUGAUAAGUGCUCGUCGUUAA